GGCGACAGUGUAAGUGCACCGCGAGGAGGUAUGACCGUCCUGGCGGCAUCGCAAACACCCACGCCGGCCCAAAAUGGUCGCGCGCUCCUCAGCGGAAAGAACACCGCGAGGAGGGACAAAGCCCUGAGGGAGGUCCUGCUGAGGGACCUCGGGGGGCGACGCGCCAGCGUGACCGGGGCGGCUGCGUGGCCGGGAGAGGGCGGAGAGGAUGAGCUUGAGGCGCUCGACCAUAGGGAGAGUAGAGUCCUCCAGGUGGUAGUGGACGGCCUCGCCGAGGUCGAGGUCGUCGCUAUGGUCACCCUCGGGCGACAGCGAGGCAACAGCGCCCUGCUCACCAUACUCGAGCGCGCUGAAGCGGCGCGAGAAGUGGUGGCCCUGCUGAGCGGAACGGCGGGGGCGACCGCGGAAAGGGGAACGACGUUGGGAAGUGUUGUGAGAGGAGGAGGAGGUGUAGCCAGUGCGCUGAGGCUGGGAGGAGGAGGCGGGGUGAAGACGGGCCCGCAUCCGUUGAUGGUCCCUGGCGGCCUCAUUCUGCAAGCGCUGCAUAAGCUAGGGAUCCGGCCAGCAGCUUUACCAUCGCCGCCACUCUCAGCGAUGACAGGCCUCCAUGCAGCUCAAUCAGGACCACCACCAAGUGUAUCAUCAACAGUAGCUCUAUCUCAGACUGUUGCUUCUUCAUUUUCUGGUCCAGCGACUGUUGCUACACCACAGUCGCCACCUGUCUCGCAAGCGGCACAGCAAUAUCCUUGGUAUCCCAAGACCCCACUGAACCCAUCUGCAACCUUCUCAGGAGAUAAGAAGGAUGAGGCUCUCGACACAUGGUUGAGAACGGUGCCAGUGUGGGUGAGGGCAAAACGGACAUUGGUAGAAGAGGAAGUGAUUACUGCUGCAUCCUACUUAGAGGGUUCAGCAGCCCGUUGGUUAAACGGAUUGGUUGCUUCAAAGGGCUUCGACAGGAACAUGCAUGAUUGGGCGCAGACCCACACAUUAGUGGAGGCUCGUUGGCACAACCCUCAGCAGGCACAAAUUGCCACUGAUGGGCUCUUGAAACUUGAUACUAGAAAGUACAAGUCUGUGCGAGAACUCACCACAGUCGUAGAACGCCUGAUCGUCGUCCCGGGAGUGGAGUACAAUCCACAGGUCUUGCUGACCAUGUUUCUGAGAUGUCUUCCCACAGACAUUAUGAAUCUAUUAGCCAGCGAGGCUCGCAGAGAGUAUCACACAUUUGAGUCAUUCAGCAAGAAGGCCCUAGACUUAGAGGUUACGCUGGGUGGAGCUCAAACCCCUUCUACGGAUGGGAGAAAGAAGAAGACUCCACAAGAGUGGAAAAAGAAGGGUAGUCUAUUGAUGAUGGUUGAUUCCGAUGGGAAUCAAACUGAGAUCGAUGAUGUUUCUGAACUUGUGGAGGGUUCAGAGUUUGACGGCAAGGAGAGUGUUGAGGGUAGCAACCUCGCCACCAACCAAGAGGAAGGAAUGUACUUAGUCUAUGUCUCUGCAAAAGGGGAGCCCGUUAAAACACCCCCAGAGAUAGAGACCAUCGUCGCUAAGUACCCAGAUCUGUUUGAGGAGCCUACAGGAGUCGUAGACAGGGAGAUUGUCCAUGCCAUAGAGAUUAUCCCAGGUAGUAAAACACCAAAGGGUAGAUUCUAUAGGAUGGCUCCAGCCGAGUUGGACGGACUUCUACGGCAACUGAAAGAGCUCACAGAGAAGGGUUGGAUCCGACCUAGCACUUCCCCCUUUGGCUCACCAGUAUUGUUUGUUCAAAAGAAAGGGGGAACACUAAGGAUGUGCAUUGAUUAUAGAGGCCUCAAUGCCAUCUCUGUUAAGAACGCAGAGCCUCUACGACGCAUCGACGACCUAUUGGAUAGGGUGCAGGGAUGUAAGUACUACACAAAGAUAGCUUUUAAAUCCGGCUACCAUCAGAUUGCUAUUAGACCAGAGGACCAGCACAAAACCGCAUUUCAGACCAGGUACGGUCUGUGCGAGUUUGAGGUGAUGCCAUUUGGCCUUUGCAAUGCGCCGGGUACAUUCCAGCACGCCAUGAAUAGGAUCUUCCAUGACUACUUGGAUAAGUUUGUUGUCGUGUACCUUGACGACAUACUUAUCUUCAGUAGAUAUGUCGAGGCUCAGCAUGUAGACACAGUACUUUCACUCCUUCGGCAACACAAGUAUAAGAUAAACUCAGAGAAAUGCGAGUUUGGUCGCACUCGAAUCUUGUACUUGGGUCAUGAAGUAUCCGCGGAUGGGAUUAGGCUCGAAGAUGCUAAGGUGGCUAGCAUACGUGACUGGCCACAACCCCAGUCAGUAACCGAGGCCAGAUCAUUCUUGGGAAUGUGUGGUUAUUACCACAAUUUCGUAAAGAAUUAUAGUACGAUCACAUCUCCCUUGACUGAUCUAACUCGACUCGACACACCAUGGGACUGGACCGACGAGUGUGAGGCAGCUUUCAAGCGUUUGAAGCAUGCUCUCACGCCGCAUGAAGUUCUCAUGGUACCCGACCCGCAAAGGCCAUUCGUUGCAACCACUGACGCAAGCCAAUAUGGGAUUGGCGCAGUGCUGGCUCAGCAAGAAGGGAAGAAGUUGAGACCGAUCGAGUACGUGAGCAAAAAAAUGCCUUCAAAGAAGUUGGCAAAGUCCACCUACGAGAGGGAACUCUACGCUCUUUACAAGGCACUUAUCCACUGGAGGCACUACCUGUUAGGAAGGUUCUUCUACUUGAGAACUGACCAUCAGACACUCAAGUGGAUCAAGACCCAACCAGUUCUCUCUGAUGCACUCAAACGCUGGAUUGAAGUCAUAGAUCAAUAUGAUUUCAAACUAGACUAUUUGAAGGGAGAGUACAACAAGGUUGCAAAAGCGUUGUCUAGGAGGGCAGAUUACCUAGGUGCGCUGAUUUAUGAGUUUGGUUUGUCUGAGGACGUGACUCGAUCGUUGGAUGAAGCCUACAAGGAAGAUCCCAUCACGAUGGACAUCAUCAACAAACUACACGCUAAAGACAAGGCCACCACUGCUGAGUUUGUGAUGGUGGAUGGGUUGUUCUUUCUUGAGAAGGCAGGGUUCAAGAGGUUAGUUGUUCCAUCUAGGGAAACUUUGCGUAGUUUGUUUUUAGGUGAGUGCCACGAUGCAACAAGACAUUUCGGUUAUAAGAAGACUAGUGCUAAUCUAGUACAACGAUUCUGGUGGCCUAACAUGCUUGACGAUGUGAAGAAGUGCGUGGAGACCUGUCAGGUCUGUCAGCGGGACAAGCCGCGAACUCAAGCUCCGCUUGGGUUACUCAAACCUUUACCCAUUCUUGCUGGCCCAGGUCAGAGUAUCUCCAUGGACUUCAUGGAUACUCUCGUGACCAGCAAGAAUGGCAAGAGGCACAUUUUCGUCAUAGUGGACAGGUUGACUAAGUACGCUAGACUAAUUGCCAUGCCAGAGACUGCCAAGACUGAGCACGUCAUCAAUUUGUUCAUGGACAACUGGGUGCGUGACUUUGGACUUCCAAAGACGAUCGUUAGUGGCAGAGAUGUCAGAUUCACAAGCGAGAUGUGGAAGAAGGCCGCUGAACAGAUGGGCAGCCAGCUUCAAAUGACUUCAGGGAAUCAUCUCGAAGCAAAUGGGCAGGCUGAACAGAUGAACCGAGUGGUGCAGCAUCUGCUGAGGCAUUACAUUAAGCCCAACCAGGAUGACUGGGAUGAGAAAUUACCUCUCAUCGCCAACCUGUACAAUAAUGUUGUACACAUCACCACCGGUGUCAGUCCUAAUCAACUGCAUUUCGGGUGGAAGCCUAGAUCUGCUCUAGACUUCCUCCUGCCUGAAAACCGAACUGCUGCAACUCCUGGAACCAUUGAAUUUGGUGUCCAGUAUGAGAAACUGUUGCAGCAAACUGUCGAACAUAUCAAGAAAUCUCAAGAAGCCAUGAUAGCUUCUGAGAACAAGCAUUGCCGACAGUCCACAUUUCAGGUAGGGGAACGUGUCUGGGUCAAGGCUAGUGAAUUGGGACAGGAGUUUGGCAUCUCUAGGAAACUAAUGCCUGAGUAUUUCGGUCCCUGGGAAGUCUUGGACAUUGUGGGGAAUGAUAUGGAUGGUCCCUCGUACGUCAUUCGUAUCCCUGGCCACUUACACACUUACCCUGUUUUUCAUGCCUCCAAGCUUGCACCUUUCGCUGAGACAACACAGUUCCCGUCACGGAGAUCUAUGCUGCCCCCAACCAUGGAUGGCCACGUGGACGUCGACGAUAUCCUGGAUCACAGAGACACGCCUCUCCUGGACUCUGUGCUUGGAACGCAUCACAGGGCUCUCUUCAGGCGCGCGGAGCUGAAAGCGCUGGUCAAUAUGCAUGGAGAGUCGGGAGGAGAGCUAUCACAGCAUGAGACAUCAAUCAUCACCGGUGCAUUGGAUCUCUACGAAAAGACCGCUGGAGAUGCCAUGACUCCCUUGGAUUCAGUUUUCUGUCUGGACAUAUUCACCAAAAUGGAUCUGGACAACCCCAAGGGUAGGGUCGAGCUCGACCGUAGGGUCAUUGUCGUACUCGAGCGCACUGUAGCGCCUCGAGAAUGGUGCUCCUGUCUGAGCUGGGUGGCGGAAGCGGUCGGCGAAAGACGGACGUCCUCAGGUGGUGUCGCGCGACUGAGUGGUGGAAGUAGGCUGUGCAGAGGACGAGGCGGUGGAGAAAAUGAUUACGCAUCCUCUGAUACUGGUGAGCGACAUCGUACGCUUGCUUUGCCAACGAGAAUGACAACCUCCACAACUUCAGGCGGUAGUCAGCUGGAAGAUCGUAAAGAAUCAGUCGAUGAGCAUGACCUCCGAGAGGAACGUCUCAUCACACGUGAGGCGGGCGUCCCGAAACACUCGGAUGUGACGCUCUAAGUCACUCGCGACACUGGACCCUGACCACUCGUCUGGGUGAUGUGGGUCAGGGCAUCAGUGACGUCAUGUCGUGCACCGAAGCGGACAUGGA